CCAAAAUGGCGAACGCUCUUCUGUGCAUAAGGACAUGUAGACAUCUUUUAGGAAGACCAAUUUCUCGAAUUCCAAGACGCCUCAAGCAACACGGUAUUGAAAAAGAACCAAUGCAGUCAACAGUUACUUUUAUAACAGACUUUAAAGAUAAAGAAAGUCUGAUCAACUCGCCGCCUUACGUUAUGUCAUACAGCACUCGUGGUUUUACUGUAAAGGAUAUCAAAGUGUUUGGCUCUGUUGUAAUCUUUCCCUCAGCGUUUUACCACUGGCGGAUUAAAAAACCAGAAGAUAUAACAGCUGACAGUCUGACUCUUUUUACAAUAAUGGAACCUCCAAUAGAAAUUGUGGUUGUGGGAACUGGAGAAAAGAUUAUACGUCUUCCACCAGAAAUAAACAAUUAUAUGAAGAAACACAAUAUUCUUUUGGAAGUUCAGGAUACACCUAAUGCAACUGCAACAUUCAAUUUCCUCUUGGAAGAACAACGGCUGGUCGGAGCAGCUUUCAUCCCACCACAGACAUUGAGGGAAGACUGAUGAUUGUUUCUCUCACAGUCAUGUGAAAUGAGUCACUGAAACUGGCGGCACAACAUUGGGUCACAACAGUUACAUGGAGCCUUUUAAAGGACCAGAAUGAUGUAGUCACUGAAACAUGGAUGUAAUGUGACAAAUUUUGAAAGAGCCUAGCUGCUAACAGGGAGACAACUCUACAGCGAUGAUGAUAACAUUGUCAAGAGUUAGCCAUAAAAAUGAAUACCAAGACCUCCAAGAAUGUAAAUUUAACUCUUUUCUGUGCCUGUGUGAUUCUACCUUGAUGGCUUAGUAUUCCAACAGACAAAAUCAAGGAUAAAUAUAUGUUAUUUACCAGGCGGAAGAUCUAUAUGGAAUAAAACUGUGUCCAGGGUCUUCAGUGCCCUCCUCUGCAUGUGACCAUGGGCUGUACUGAAGAACUUAUGGACUUACUGAUACCUCUAAAUAACUUUUUAAUUUUUUCUAUUGCUCUACAUUUUUCCCUUUGGUAUAGAAGGUGUGGAAGAAUUCUAACCCUUGGUCUGUGUUCUAAUAAGCUGAAUUGGUUAUGAGUACAAUCAGAUUCAAGAAUUUGAGAUUAUGGCUCAUUGAGAUGCUCCAAAAAAAAUAAAGUUAAA